CUUGUGUCCUCUGCUCUGUGUUCUCUACUCGUAGAGGCCUAGCCUCUGUGGCCCUGUGACCUGCAGGUUUUGGGAGAUCCACAGCUAAGACGCCGGGACCCCCUGGAAGCCUAGAAAUGGGACCAUUGUCAUUUAGGGAUGUGGCCAUAGAAUUCUCUCUGAAGGAGUGGCAAUGCUUGGACACUGCACAGCAGAAUUUAUAUAGAAAUGUGAUGUUAGAGAACUACAGAAACCUGGUCUUCCUGGGUAUUGCUGUUUCUAAGCCAGACCUGAUCACUUGUCUGGAGCAAGGAAAAGAGGCCUGGAGUAUGAAGAGACAUGAGAUCAUGGUGGCCAAACCCGCAGGUGGUCUAUCAAAAAGAAUGUUGUAUGAGCUACUGAGAAAGUUGUGUGUUCUCAUUUUGCCCAAGACCUUUGGCCAGAGCAGAAUAUAA